AUGCAUUUUUUAGCCGACUCUGGAGACACCUACCGUCCGCGUUUACUGGACUACGUCAGCGUGAACGAUCUCGCUCGCCUCGUCGUGGUCGAUCUCGCAGCCCUGGUCGUGCUGCUGGCCAUCGUCACCCCUGCCUCCGGAGCGCCGGCCGGAUCUGCUUACAGUAGCGGCGCCCCUCAUCGUUCGCAUGAUGACCGACAGGCCGCAAGAGACCAGAUGAUGUCCAACAUUCGAGAGACCUCACAGCAGGACCGUCGGGUCUACGUCGGCAAUCUUUCCUACGACGUCAAAUGGCACCACCUGAAAGAUUUUAUGCGGCAGGCUGGAGAGGUCAUAUUUGCCGAUGUGUUGCUGCUCCCUAAUGGAAUGUCGAAGGACCGUGAGGCGGAGCCACGGUUCAAUCAGGCAUCCGGCCCCCGCGGCGGUUACAGUGGUGCAAUGGGUGGUGCCCCAGCCUACGGCGGCCCUAUUGGCGGCCCUGGUUUUAAUCCUGGCAUGGGCGGAAGCAGACAGAUUUAUGUCGCAAAUCUUCCAUUCACCAUUGGAUGGCAAGACCUGAAAGAUCUGUUCCGACAAGCAGCCCGCACGGCUGGUGUUGCUCGCGCCGACAUCAACAUUGGACCCGAUGGCCGAUCCAGGGGCUCCGGAAUAGUUGUGUUCGAAAGCCCAGACGAUGCACGGAAUGCAAUCCAGCAGUUCAACGGCUACGACUGGCAGGGCCGCGUCUUGGAAGUUCCCCCGAAUCCCUUCACCGACCAUGCCACUUCUGGCAACGAACCAAGUGAAAUUAUCUUUGUGCGCAAUCUUCCCUGGUCGACCAGCAACGAGGAUCUCGUGGAGCUCUUUGGCACUAUCGGAAAGGUCGAACAGGCCGAGAUUCAGUAUGAGCCAAGUGGUCGCUCUCGCGGCUCGGGAGUCGUUCGGUUCGAUAACCCCGAGACGGCUGACACUGCCAUCUCAAAGUUCCAAGGUUACCAAUAUGGCGGGCGGCCGCUUGGCCUCAGCUUUGUCAAGUACUUGACUCCCGGAGUUGGCGGCAGCAGCAUGGAAUCCGACCAUCAUAACGGGUUGACACAGGACCAGAUCAUGUAG